AACGGGCCGGGUGACCAUACAUAUGUAUGGGAGGUAUUAAUCUUAUCAGUAGGCAAUUCACUCGAGCCUGAGACGCGUACCUUACCUUUAUCUUGCAACAUACAGCAAUGGAAGCACAUUCGGAUAUACGACAAGGCUCAUCGCCCCAAAAUGUUAACGACCUCUUUGACUAUGACAUUGGUCUGGAUGAAAUAUUACAACACGUUCCGUCUUCGUCAAACACAAAUGCACCUAGGCCCUCCACUGUACCAGACGCUUCCAGGUUAGGUCUCGGGCUUGAUGAAGAGGUAAAGGUCGCCAGAAAGCGACAGCCUGUCGCUAAACUAGACGAGACUCGGCUAUUGUCUCAAGCUGGGAUUCCUCGAUUACGCCGCACAGCCAAACAGAAAUUGAGACUCAAGGGAAAGGGACAUGAGUUUUCCGAUGUGGCCCGUUUAUUAAACUUCUACCAAUUAUGGCUUGAUGACCUGUUCCCUCGCGCAAAGUUUGCUGAUGGCCUAGCCAUCAUUGAAAAACUCGGUCACCACAAACGUCUACAGAUUAUGCGUAGGGAAUGGAUCGAAGAAGAAAAACCAAGCGCUCGGGUGGAUGAUACUACACAAGUUUCACUAGUUAAUGAAUCGGGUUUGCCUACGACAACAACUGAGGGUCAUGAUACAAACAUAUUUCCUGCAGACAGCGUUGGUUAUGACAGAGAAGAUCAGGCACAAUCGACGGAACGAACAGCCGUUCGGGCUCAGAAACCGACCAUGUCUGCCUAUGAUCAUGCAAUCAACCACGAUGUCCCUGACAACGACGAUGAAUUAGAGACCCUUUUGAGAGAACAACAGAACGAAGAUGCUACCACCAGAACCCUCUCGACUUUAUUUGAACUAAAUAAUAUCGACGGUGAUGAACAUGAGGCCAUGGAAGAAUUGAAUAUCCUGACAGCAAUCUGAGCUAGGCUAUCCUGCAACGAAUAAAGAGCCAAAGCUACACAGAAACAAACCCAAUAAUAUUAAAUCUCGAUUUAUAUUGUCUAUUGGUCGCGAAGGAGCGUAGGGUACACCUAGUGCUACAUAGGAUAGACCGCAAUUCUCAGCGUUACAGCUUACUAUGUUUGCUUAAUUCCUGCAAUGG